CACAAUGUUUCAUUUAGCUCAAGGACUUUACACAAACUGGAAUAAAAAAGAAGAGUAUUCGGUUCUUAUACUAGGACUUGAUAACGCUGGGAAAACGACAUUUUUGGAGAAGGUCAAGUCAAUUUAUAAUCCAGAUGCCAAAAUCAUUCCACCUGAGAGAAUCACAACCACAGUUGGUCAAAAUGUGGGUCAUAUCCUUGUAAAGAAAACAUAUCUAAAGUUUUGGGAUGUUGGUGGACAAGAAAGUCUUCGCUCAUUAUGGGAGGAAUAUUUUUCAAGUUGUCAUGCCAUUAUAUUCAUUGUUGAUUCCACUGAUAAAACAAGAAUUGAAGAAUGUAAGAAUUCUUUAGUUAAGAUCGUUAAUGAUGAUUCAAUUGAAGGAAUUCCAAUAUUAAUGUUGGCUAAUAAACAAGAUUGUGAAGAUCAUUUAGAAGUUGAAGAUAUCAAAGAAAUUUUCAAUGUAAUUGCAGAACAUUUAAGUGCAAGAGAUAGUCGUGUUUUACCAAUAAGUGCUAUAAAAGGUGAUGGAGUUGAACAAAGUGUCGAAUGGUUAUUAACAAGGUUGAUAAGAAAUAAACAAAAUCGUCCACCAAGAUUUAAAUAG